AUGAUUGCCCCCAAGUCUUUCUUUCUCAGCCUGGCGCUGAUCGGCUCGAGUGCCACUGCCAACCCCCUACUGAACAAGCGCGAUGUUACUUGGGGUCCCAUCGCUGGCUUCCAGGCCACGACCUCCGAGAUCAUCAGCACCGUUAGCACCAUCUACCCCGGCAAGAUGCCGUCCGGCCAGAAGGGCUACAUGUUCGCCUGGAUCGGUAUCGGUGCUGAGACCGGUGAUCUGAUCCAGAGCAUCGUCGGCUCAUACCCCGCUGGCAUGAGCGAGUGCACCGGCUCCGCGGCCGACUCCACCUGGUGCAUUUCCUCCGAGGUCUACGGCCUGGACAGCACCGGCGCGACUGUCCAGUUCGUCGGAGACAAGAGAACCGCCGACACCAACUACGAGAACGGCAUCAUCUUCAACUACACCCUCAUCGACAAGUCGACCUACCUCUGGGAGCAAACCAUGACUGACGCCGUCACCGGCGAGCUUCUGUCUACCUACCAGAAGAAGUCCGGAAAGAUGACUCUGUGGAACACGGCCAUUGAGCUGCAGGACAACAACGGAGCUGCCCCCACGGGAACCGUUGAGCCCCAGUACUACACCAACACCACCAUUGUCUUCGCCGAGAAGGAUGCUGCCUACAAGGACGGCGCUUACACCGAGUCCGGAGCCACAUACUCUGGCAUUGCUACCGCUGAUGGCGGCAAGACGUGGACCAUCGAGAAGAUCACCGUCCCAGCUAUGACUAGCUCCUAA